AUGGUUGCGACAAUUAGCGCGACCCGCGCGCUUCGACUCCCCUACCGAUCAGCCACCCUCCGACUUCUCACCCCUCCGACGACAACACCGUCCCCCUGCCGAUCGAGCCUCCGCGCCGCCUCUACAUUCACAUCCCGCAAGCAAAAACCGCCAUCAAAACAGCCCACCACCCCAGGGCAACCACCAACCCCAAUGAAACCAACCAACGCCCUCCUUUUCUCAACCUGCCCCGCAACCAUGCUCGGCCCCUCCUCUUCAUCACCACAACAAUGCCCCAGCACCAAAUAUCACUACCACCUCGCAGCCUCCUACAUAGCCAAAUCCCGGCCCUUCGACCCCCAAACCCACCUCUUCCAAUUCAACCCCUACAACCGCCUCUCCCAACCGCCCAAAUCCCCCAAACGUCCCAAAUCCUCCCGGCCAGAAUCAGGUCAGGACGCGUUUUUCAUCAGUCAGCUAGGUGCCUCCCCCUCCAGCGGGGAAGUCGCCCUAGGAGUCGCAGACGGCGUAGGAGGGUGGAUGGACAGCGGAGUCGACCCAGCCGACUUCUCCCAUGCGUUCUGCGACUACAUGGCCGCCAACGCAUCAUCAUCCGACCCGCCGUCAACAGCACGGGAGCUCAUGCAAAGGGGCUACGAGGCUGUCUGUCAUGAUGAGAGCAUCAAAGCCGGGGGUAGCACCGCCAUUGUUGGCUUGUUGACCUCCAACGGGAAGAUGGAAGUCGCCAAUUUGGGGGAUAGCGGGUUUAUACUUCUCAGAAGGGGGGGCGUCCACGCGAGCAGCGAACCGCAGACUCAUGCGUUCAACACACCGUAUCAGCUCAGCGUUGUGCCGCCUUCUAUGCUGUUGCGGGCGGCGGCUUUUGGGGGCGCGCAGUUGAUGGAUCAGCCUAGGGAUGCCGAGGUCACGAGACAUGGGCUGAGGCAUGGGGAUGUGGUUGUUUUUGCUAGUGAUGGGCUGUGGGAUAAUCUGUUUGAGGGGGAUAUUUUGAGGAUUGUGAGCUCGGUUAUGAGGGAGAGGGGGGUUUGGAGGGUUAAUGGGGAGAGGGGGUGUGUGGUGGAGGAGGAUAUCAAGAGUGUGACUGAGGGGAAGACGACGCUGCAGGGGAGGCUGGCUACGGAGAUUGUUAGGCAAGCGAAGAUUGCGAGUGUGGAUCCGAAGCUGGAUGGGCCGUUUGCAAAGGAGGUGAAGAAGUAUUACCCGCAUGAGGUUUGGAGGGGGGGAAAGGAGGAUGAUAUUUGUGUGGUGGUUGUUGUUGUUGAGGAGGAGGGUGGGGCGGGGAGUGUGAAGGCGAAGUUGUAA